CAGCAGACAUGAUGAGCACCAAGGCUUUUACACUGGUCUCUGCUGUGGAGCGGGAGCUGCUGAUGGGCGACAAGGAGCGUGUUAACAUAGAAUGCGUGGAGUGCUGUGGCAAGCACCUCUACGUGGGCACUAACGACUGCUUUAUUUACCACUUCCUGCUGGAGGAGAAGACUCUGCCCUCUGGCACAGCCUCCUUUACUGCCACUAAGCAGCUGCAUAGACACCUGGGUUUCAAGAAGCCAGUGAAUGAACUGCGGGCGGCAUCAGCCCUCACACGGCUGCUGGUGCUGUGUGACAACUGCAUCACACUGGUCAACAUGAUGAGCCUGGAGCCCGUGCCCUCAGGGGCCCGCAUCAAGGGGGCCGUGGCUUUUGCCUUGAACGAGAACCCUGUGAGCGACGACCCAUUUUGUGUGGAAGUCUGCAUCAUCUCUGUCAAACGCAGAACCAUCCAGGUGUUCUUGGUGUACGAGGACCGGGUUCAGAUCGUCAGGGAGGUGUCGACACCGGAGCAGCCCCUGGCCGUGGCUGUGGAUGGCCACUUCUUGUGCCUGGCCCUGACCACUCAGUACAUCAUACUGAACUACAACACGGGUGUCGCCCAGGAUCUGUUUCCUUACUGCAGCGAGGAGAAGCACCCAAUCGUCAAGAGAAUAGGGAGACAGGAGUUUCUGCUGGCGGGCCCCGGAGGGCUGGGCAUGUUUGCCACAGUCGCUGGGAUAUCUCAACGAGCCCCUGUGCACUGGUCAGAGAAUGUAAUCGGGGCGGCCAUUUGCUUUCCCUACGUCAUAGCACUCGAUGAGGAAUUCAUCACAGUUCACAGCAUGCUAGAUCAGCAGCAGAAGCAGACCCUGCCCUUUAAGGAAGGCCACAUCCUACAGGAUUUUGAAGGAAGAGUGAUUGUCGCCACAAGUAAAGGAGUUUACAUCUUGGUUCCAUUUCCUCUGGAAAAACAAAUACAGGAUCUUCUAGCAAGCCAUAGAGUGGAAGAGGCUUUGGUUUUAGCAAAAGGAGCCCGGAGGAACAUUCCAAAAGAAAAAUUUCAGGUAAUGUACAGAAGGAUCCUGCAGCAGGCGGGGUUUAUACAGUUUGCACAACUUCAGUUCCUGGAAGCUAAAGAGCUCUUCAGAAGCGGCCAGCUUGACGUCCGGGAGCUGAUCUCUCUCUACCCCUUCCUGUUGCCCACCUCCUCUUCAUUCACACGGUCUCAUCCACCUCUCCACGAGUAUGCAGACCUGAACCAGCUGACCCAAGGAGACCAGGAGAAGAUGGCCAAGUGUAAGCGUUUCCUCAUGAGCUACUUGAAUGAAGUCCGCAGCACAGAGGUAGCCAAUGGCUACAAAGAAGACAUUGACACAGCCUUGCUCAAACUGUACGCGGAGGCUGACCACGAUAGCCUGCUGGACCUACUGGUCACAGAGAACUUCUGUCUGCUAACAGACAGUGCUGCCUGGCUGGAGAAGCACAAAAAGUAUUUUGCACUUGGACUGCUCUAUCAUUAUAAUAACCAAGACGCUGCGGCAGUUCAGUUGUGGGUGAACAUUGUGAAUGGGGAUGUGCACGACCCCACUCGCUCAGACCUGUACGAAUAUGUUGUCGAUUUCCUCACCUACAGCUUAGACCAAGAACUAGUGUGGAAGUACGCUGAUUGGGUCUUGCAGAAAAGUGAGGAGGUUGGAGUGAAAGUUUUCACCAAGAGACCUUUGGAUGAACAGAAGAGUAGUUUUAAUCCCAACGAUAUUAUCACUUGCCUUAAGAAAUACCCCAAAGCACUUGUUAAAUAUCUGGAAUAUCUAGUUGUUGACCAGAGGCUGCAGAAGGAAGAAUACCACACGCACCUUGCUAUCCUCUACCUGGACCAGGUGCUACAGCAGCGACCUGCAGGUGCCAGCAGCAAAGAGACAGAAGUCACCGAGAUGCAGGUGAAGCUCCGACGCCUGCUCCAGAAAUCCGAUUUGUACCGAGUCCACUUUCUGCUAGAGAGGAUCGAGGGUGCCAACCUGCCCAUGGAGAGCGCCAUCCUGCAUGGGAAGUUGGAGAAGCACGAGGAAGCCCUGCGCAUUCUGGUGCACGAACUGGGGGACUUCUCGGCGGCCGAGGACUACUGCCUGUGGCGCUCUGAGGGCAGAGACCUGCCCUACCGGCAGCAGCUCUUCCACACACUGCUGGCCCUGUACCUCAGCGCUGGCCCCUCUGCGCAUGAGCUGACCGUGGCCGCUGUGGACCUCCUGAACCACCAUGCCACCGAAUUUGACACAGCUCAAGUCCUACAGCUGCUGCCGGGCACCUGGUCAGUGCAGCUCCUCUGCCCGUUCCUGACGGGGGCCAUGCGGGACAGUAUCCACACCAGGAGGACCACUCAGGUGGCUCUUGGCCUGGCCAAGUCUGAAAAUUUAAUCUACAAGUAUGAUAAGAUGAAGCUGAAAGAAAGUUCAGUUCGGCUCUCAGACAAAAAGUGUUGCCAGAUGUGCCAAAAUCCCUUUUGUGAGCCCGUGUUUGUUAGAUAUCCAAAUGGGGGUCUCGUCCACACCCACUGUGCUGCCGGCAGACACACAAACCCCAGCUCACCCAGCCCCUGUACUAGGACUUGAAGAGGCCAUCCUGAGGGUGCGGGGGGCCCCUGAGAUCUUCACCAAGCCUGCUGGACGCAGAGAGCAGAAGGCCACAACACUUGUGUCAACCGAGACAAAGGGAUAGCUUCUGGGUCUGAGGAGACUUCAGUCAAUGUGAAACAGGGACUCUCGCUGUGGAUGCCCGAGAGAGAGACGUGUGAGAGUUUGCCUGCUUGGUACCUGGUAAUACAAAACAGACGUCUACUUGGAAAGCAAAAUGAGCCUUUCCCAUGCAGUCCAGACAAGCUGGACUCCCCCUCCCCCACCCCAUACCCUGAUCUUUAAAUACAUAUUUGCACUGGAAACAUUGCUUCAGGGUGGCACAGAGGGGAACCCUCUCAGUGGUGGCGCAGCCAGGGCACAGAGCCAUGCAGUGGCUGGUUUCACCUGGUGCACCUUUCCUUCCCAUGGGUGCGUUCUCCCUCCUUGUGGCUUGGCCCCCCAGGGUGGAGGGGGGGGGGGCUUCCAUUUCCUGGGGUUACCAUGUGGCCUCUGCCUUUGCCCUUGGAAAUGGCUGACUUUAGGGAAAUAUUUUUAUUUCUUCCUACUUCCUGUUUGGCUCUCCCUGAAAGACAUCUGUCUUGUUUACCCAAGCUCUCCCUUUGGGUAAAUUUGUCUGCUUCUGGGACCCAACUAGUGAAGACCUCUCAGAAACCGGUAAAGCUGCAGGAGGAGAGCCGCAGCUGCCCCGUCAGCAGACAGGAGCACCGUAGCAGGCCAGUGCCCAGCUGAGUGUCCUUUUCCUGUUGCCUCCUCUGCUGAUUUGAAACUCUACAGUUGACCUGUUUGACUAAACAUUUUUAUUUGAAAUAUAUCAUGUUUGUAGUUUUUCUCUUGAUUGGAAAUUCAUCUGUCAUAUUCAUUGGGGACAUUUUUCUUGUUAAAAUGUAUCUCCUGUUGAAUACUUGGG